AUGGCAGUGGCGGUGGCGCGGGGCGGGCGCGACGUUCUGGCUGCGCUCGCGGGCCUCGCGCCGCCGCGGGUCGACGUGGGCUCCUGCGGGUGCCUCGGGCGCUGCGGCGCCGGGCCCAACGUCGCGGCGUCCGUCGCCGGAAGCGCGGCGGUGUUCGACCACGUGGGCACGGCGGCGCGAGGCGCGCAGCUACUGGAGCACCUCCUCGGCCCCGCGGAGUUCGACGCGGCCCUAGGGCUCACCGCGCUGGCCACGAGGGAGAAGGCGGAGGCUGCCCUCGAGAAGGGAAACGCGGACGAAGCGGAAGCCCUUCUGACUGAGGUUAUUGGGUCCAAUGUUUGUGGUGGUCUGCAUUUGGUGUAUGUUUACAUCAAAAUUUGA